GUUGAAUACAGAUUCCCGUUUCGUUUCGGUUGAAUACAGAUUUCCGUUUCGUUUCGUUUCGUUGAUUAUAUAGUAAGCGAAUAUGCGCAGUAUUUUUCUACUCGACCUUUUUAUGCAGUUGCUUGCAUUUGAAACUUUCAACAUUAAAAGCAUCCUCCUCCUUACGCCCUUCCUUCAAUGUGAGGUCUCCCAUGGUAAUACAUGAAGAAAUUUCCAAGAAUUCGAAUCAAACGCCUAUGGAAUCCUGGGGUAUAUCUAGAUUAAGUUUUUGUGCUGGGGCAUAUUUCGACAGUUCGGCGURUAGCGACAGAGAUCGAACUGCAGAUUUCCAAAUUAUAAUAAUUUCUACAUAAAAGAAGUGGCACAUUAUGGAGGCAGUUUUUGAAUUCGUAAAAUCAGAGGAAAUCCUGAAGGGUCUUGCAUGCAUCAUGUUUGGUGUUCCAGUAUUUGGUGCAAGACAAGCCAGACCGGCGCGGCUGUUUCAUACCUUACUGUCUGGAAUUCUGGUCCUUUUCAUUUGGUUUUCUUGUUCCUUCCAAUUAUACUGUGUGAAAACAUACUGGAGAUCAAGUGACUACACACCACAGAUCCCCAUWGAAACACUGUUACUUAUCAUACCACUGAAUAUYUCUCAAACUGUGUCAUUCACUCUCAUGGUUUGGUAUUUYUAUAACCCAUGCAAUGACUUCAGUCACUCAAAAACAAGACUUGUACCACAUUUUGAAUACAUGCCAGAGGGAUACCAAAUAGAUGUUGGACCAGAAGGCAAUGACUGGAAACACGCCAACAUACUUCUGUUCUUUGGUGUUGUAGGUGUUGCACUUGUUUUAUAUGUAUCCUUUGGUUUGAAUGUGUAUUUUGACUUUGUUGGUAUUCAUGAUUUCACUGCUAAUAUACAUGACUGGAGAAGGGCCUUGUACUAUGGYUCCUGUGCAGUUAUUUACUGGGGAUUUUUCAGUGUUGUGGUUGCCUGUUGCAUUUUUUACAUUUGCUGCAAAGAUAUUAUGCAACACAUUGAACACACAGAAACAAUMAUUGUGAAGAAAGCAAGGAAUUAUCUGAUGGCAAGGCAGUAUCACGACUGUUUACUCUCAUAUGCAGAGAAUGUUAUGAAGUCAAUGAAGUUGUGGUUUGGCAUCCAUACUUUACUAUUCAUGUUCAUCAUUGUUUCUGUUUCUUUUGAGUGGGUUACAGCAUUUUCAGGAAAGAAACAUUACAAUGACAUUGCAAUUGUUGUACUUUCACAGACCGUUGGAUCUUUUUUUAUUGCUUUCAACUUUGCUUUCCCUAUUCUUGCAGCAAGUAGAGUGACCGCAAAGUUUGAAUCAAUGUAUCGUAACAUAAAUAGAAGAUGGUGUCCAGAUGAGUUGCCACAAGUUGAGGUAUUGAUGGAUUACUGCCGUCGCUGUGAAGCAGGCUUUACACUGUUUGGAGUCAAACUAACAGCUCAGUUGGCCUUGAUUUCACUAUUGUCCUGUUUUGUAGGGUUCUUUAAAUUGUACAAAAAGGUUGAAUAAAUAAGUACAUUUAAGCACAAAAUCAGGUCACUGCAGAUCUUCAUUUGUGAAUACAUGUAUAUGUCCAUAAUGUAUGUGAUGGUUUUUAUCACUUUAUGGUGUACCACAUCAAUAUUACCCCAGAAUUAUAUAUGCUAGAAUGCUGUGUGACAAGCUGUCAGUCAUAGGCUUGAUGUCAAGGCGCGCGAACCCGGUAUGCAUAAAGUUAUAGCUGUUAAUAAGUAAAUAUUUAUCAACAACAUUAAAAUACAGGAGAUGCAAUCAUUUUUAACAUUUCAUACUAGUAUUAAGAUGUUCAUUUUUUGUAAARUCAUUUUGUAAAUAUCAUCAUGCUCAGACUUUGUAGGUUUUGUAAAUUGUACAACAUAUUCCAGUUCUAUGCUCAUUUUUAUAUGUAAUAGGACUCCAUGCUGUCCAAUUAAGAAAUAAUUGGACGAGGAAAAUUCCGAGGACUGCCAAAAAUUGGACGAGGCCGUGGCCGAGUCCAAUUUGGCAGUCAGAGGAAUUUUUCGAGUUUUCCAGCUUUUACCUAUUUGGGAUUAAUAUGUGGCUAUAUAAUUAUUUAGUUCUAUAAUUUGAUAAGCUGUAGAGUUGAAUAAUGAAUCUGAAUGAUUCUUCUGGAGAUUAUAACUGAG